AUGACUCUUGAGCUUCAAAAGCAACAUGAGGAUAUGGUUGCUCAUGAUAUGAUCCAGCACCUCAAUGAAUUAUAUGAGGGGCAAGCACGUCAAGAGAGGUAUAAGACCUCUAAAGCUCUGUUUCAAUGCAAAAUGGUGGAGGGAACUCCUAUGGAAACUCACGUUCUUAAGAAGAUAAGCUAUAUUGAAAGCCUUGAAAAACUAGGAUUCCCUUUAAGUGUGGAGUUGGCCACCGAUGUCAUCCUGCAAUCGUUGUCGAAUAGUUUUAGACAAUUUGUCCUUAAUUUCAACAUGAAUGAGAUUAAUAAGGCUUUGCCACAAUUGCUCAGCAUGUUAUGA